AUGCAAAUGGCGAUGCGUGCGUCUGGUGUACCGGGCCCAUGGAAGUUGGUUGGCCAACAAUGCGAGACAAUCAACUGGAACACUUCAAUCCCUCAUCAGGUAUCAUUGAGACAUCUCCAAACCGGGCCAGCUUUCUGGCCAUAUCAACGCAGCAGUCCCUCGGGGCAACCAGAAGUCUGGCUGGAUGGGAACAAUCCUUUGCUGUCUGGGCAUCGCACUUCGCUCGAUUCGCUCGCCCAAUCCACCGGCAAUACGUCCACGUCGACGAGCCGUGGCUGCUCCCUUGCCAAGGGCUUCAAGUUUGGAAAAUCGCACUCGCAAAGGAGACGCGCGUGUGUGUGGCUGACACCGUCAUGUCGAGACCAUAGGUCGUUUGCCCGGUGGAGAGAAGAAAUGCGCUCCAGGCAGGGAUGA